GAAAGAGAACGCAUGCGCAAUGCGCAUUUCGGUUUCGGAUUCGUCAUUCAUUUUUAUGGUGGACGACGUCUCCAUAAUCUUUACAUUUGGCUGUUAAUUUUGCUUACGAAAUACAAGAUGCCGAACCAAGUGUUAUCGAUAGAGCCGCAAAAUGAACUUAAGUUCAAAGUUGAUUUUUCAGGCUUAUUUGAGCUGGGCUACACAACUUACAUGAGGUUGACAAAUCCCUCGGAACAUACUGUCUUGUUCAAGAUUAAAACCACAGCCCCUAAGAAGUAUUGUGUUCGUCCCAACUCUGGUGUGCUGGAGCCUAAUUCCAAAGUAGAUAUAGCAAUUACUCCACAACCAGUCCAUGUGGACCCCAAUGAAAAACAUAAACAUAAGUUUAUGGUGCAAAGUGUGAUUGCACCAGAGGGAAAGACUAACAUAGAUCAAGUGUGGAAGGAAAUAAGCCCUGAUCAGCUUAUGGACUACAAGUUGAAAUGUGUGUUUGAGACACCUCGAGGUGCCAAUCUUAAUGAUGCUGGAGACAAUGUCGCCCAAAAUGAAAUCAAUAAGAAGAGGGUUGCUGUAACCACUGCCGAAGAUACUAAAUCACUAACGAAGACUACUUUUCCAAAAUCAGAAAACCUCGAAAGCGAUUUGCAAAAGGCGACGAAUGAAGUCAUUCAUUUGAGAGAGGAGGAAAGCAAAUUACGACAUGAAAAUCUGCGAUUAAAAGAGGAACUGCUUCGCUUGCACCAGUCAGGUGGAGAGGCGCGCGCGCGGCCCCACUCGUACGGGCCCGAGAAGACCGAGCAGGUCUCGCUCAUGCCGUGGAUUGCCACAGCUAUCGCCAUGGCUUUGCUCGGCAUCGUCAUCGGCAAGUUCCUCAUGUGAAUCACCAACGCCACAACACUCCCCAACCCUCACACAAGGCAGCUUAACGUUUUUCUUACUAGCGACUUCUCCUUGUCCGUACCCGUAUAGUCUCCGUAGGUAUUAAACGAACUUACUGCCUUCCUAAGUUUCUUGUCAAGUGACGGAUUGUUUGGAGCUUUUGGUGACAAUUAAUUUAUAGUUAAGUUCGUUUUUAUUUUAUUUUUUCGUUUAACACGAUUAUUAUUUUAUUUUAUGUUUUCGUUGCUUUUUAAGUUGUUUCAAUGCAAUUACAUUUGCAAGUCCUUUUUUAUUGUAUUCAAUUGUAAAUUUUUCUUAUAAAUAAGAUUCGUGAUGUAAACAUGAACAGUCCAUUACAAUAGAAAUUGUGCAAGUGUGAGUGGUACGUUUUAUUGUUAUUAAAGAGCCGUAUAUAUUUUUUUUUAAUUCAAAUUAAACAAUUUUUUUAUAAUAAUACACUUCUUAUAUAGUGUUAUUCAAAACCAAAAUUAAAUAUAUACAUUAAAAGUAUGCUACAGUCGAACCUCGAUAAAUGAAAACUCAAGGGAAUAGUCUAAAACCAAGUUAUAUCUUACAGAGCUUUAGUAGAUUUCUGUCAAAUUUAGAGGUCUUUGAAACCAUGCAAAUGUUUGCAAUUACGAACAAAAUACAAAAUUUACUUUAAAAAAUCCAUUUAAUUCUAUUGCGUUUCUGUUUUAUCUUUUGCAUAAUAUGGUUUUUUUGAGCACGAAAAAUUUUGUCGAUUUUAUAAUUCAAUCAAUUUGGUAAGUUAUUCGAAAUAUAAGAAUUAGUAUGCUUAACUUUCUAUUACAGAGGUACAGUCAAACAGAAGUUUUAUUUACAAACAUUCAUGAGUAAAAAAUCACUUGUUUAUACAGGAUCAUGUUUCACUUAUUGGGGUUUUAAAGAGCUAAAAUGAUGGGACCUGGAAAAUCACGAUCACGAUUUUGUCUGUAACAUCCCAGCAGAGGGCUUUGUUCUCUGUGUUCUCCACAAUAUGACAAAUAUAAGCAUAUGCUUCAAAGUAUUCAAAAUAAAUUCUGUAAGCUACUCAAAUAUAAGUUUAAGACAUCUCCACCUAGAACAUUAAUAGCUCUUGAAGCUCGACAUGAACACCCAGAUAUCAUUUUUCUGUAUAAGAUUUUAAACAACCAAAUUUAAUCACCAUAUUUAUUAAAUGAAAUAUCCUUCAAUUGUCCUAUAUAUAAUCCGCGAUCAAACCGAACUUAUACAUUUGCUUUUCCAUUCUGCAGAACCAAUUAUGCUUUAAAUCGAUUUGUCGUUAGGGCAUGUAGACUGUAUAAUAAUAAUUAUAAUAUGCUAGACAUUUUUCAUUUAAAUUUAAAACCUGAUAUAUUUAAAACUGUCAUCAAGCAAUUAAAAUAAACUGUGAUUGUCACAACAUACUGUUACUGUAAUUCUUGUAUCGUAUAUAUUGUGUUCAAAAAAAAAAAAAUUAAAUUUGUAAUGUUUGUACAAUUUUACAGUUUGCCCAAUUAAUUUUUGUCAGAAGUAAUAAGUGAAAACUUAAUUGGCUUAUAUGAAUUUUCUAGUUUGUAAGAAUCAUAUGUGUAAUUACAAGCUGUAUGUUUUCUUCAUAAAAAAAAUAAAUACAAAUAAAAUGUUGGAGAAAG